UCCCCCGGGCCCGGCUCCCGCCGCCACCGCCACCGCCACCGCCGCGCCCUGCCCCGGCCCGGUGCCCUCCGCCUCCAUUGCCCUCGGCCGGCCGGAGGCAGGCAGCGAGCAUGCAGCGGGCCGCGCUCUUCGGCGGCGGCGAUGCGCAGAUGGCCGCCGGCGACCUGGGCGAGCUGCUCGUCCCCUACAUGCCUACGAUCCGGGUGCCCAAGUCAGGGGACCGGGUCUACAAGACGGAGUGUGCCUUCUCCUACGACUCGCCCGAUUCAGAAGGAGGUCUCUAUGUGUGCAUGAACACGUUUCUGGGAUUUGGAAGGGAACACAUUGAAAGGCAUUACCGGAAAACAGGACAGUGUGUCUAUUUGCACCUGAAGCGACAUGUGAGAGAGAAGGUACCAGGGGCAUCUGGUGGAGCUUUACCAAAAAGGAGGAAUGCUAAGCUAUUUUUAGAUCUAGAGACAAACGGUGAUCUGAACGGUGACGACUUUGAAUACGAAGAUGAAGCAAAGCUUGUUCUAUUUCCUGAUCACUAUGAAAUCUCAUUACCAAACAUAGAAGAGUUACCAGCACUGGUGACGAUAGCUUGUGAUGCACUCCUCAGCGCAAAAUCGCCCUACAGGAAGCAGGACCCUGACUCCUGGGAAGAAGAGCUACAGGCAUCUAAACACGCCAAAACACUUGUACAGUUAGACAAUGGUGUUAGAAUUCCCCCCAGUGGUUGGAAGUGCUCAAAAUGUGACCUGCGGGAGAAUCUGUGGCUAAACCUGACAGAUGGUUCGGUGUUGUGUGGGAAGUGGUUCUUUGAUGGCAGUGGAGGGAAUGGACAUGCAGUGGAGCACUACAAGGAGACGGGGUAUCCCCUGGCAGUGAAGUUGGGAACCAUCACUCCUGAUGGAGCAGAUGUCUAUUCCUUUGAUGAAGAGGAGCCAGUUUUAGAUCCGCACAUAGCAAAGCAUUUGGCACACUUUGGGAUUGAUAUGCUGCAGAUGCAAAUGACAGAGAAUGGACUAAGAGAUAAUGAUAUAAAACCAAGAGUCUCAGAAUGGGAAGUGAUUCAGGAAUCUGGAGUGAAACUCAAGCCCAUGUAUGGUCCAGGAUAUACCGGCAUGAAGAACCUGGGAAAUAGUUGCUACCUCAAUGCUGUCAUGCAAACCAUUUUCAGCAUCCCAGAGUUCCAGAGAGCGUAUGUGGGAAACCUUCCAAGAAUAUAUGACUACUCCCCUCUUGAUCCAACACAAGAUUUCAACACUCAGAUGGCUAAACUGGGACAUGGCCUCCUUUCAGGCCAGUACUCUAAGCCACCCAUGAAAUCUGAGCUUAUUGAACAGGUGAUGAAAGAAGAACACAAGCCACAACACAAUGGAAUAUCUCCCCGAAUGUUUAAAGCCUUUAUAAGUAAAGGCCACCCAGAAUUUUCAUCCAAUAGACAACAAGACGCACAGGAGUUUUUCCUACAUCUUAUAAAUCUAGUAGAGAGGAACCCAGUAGGUUCAGAAAACCCCAGUGAUGUCUUUCGGUUCCUGGUGGAAGAACGCACACAAUGCUGCCAGUCCAGAAAGGUGCGCUACACAGAGAGGGUGGACUAUAUCAUGCAGUUACCUGUUGCAAUGGAAGCAGCAACAAACAAAGAUGAAUUAAUUGCAUAUGAACUGAAGAGGCGAGAAGCAGAAGCUGCAAGGAGAGCUCCACCAGAGCUUGUCCGUGCUAAGAUCCCAUUUAGUGCAUGUCUGCAAGCUUUUUCUGAACCAAACAAUGUAGAGGACUUCUGGAGCAGUGCCCUUCAAGCAAAAUCUGCAGGAGUUAAGACUUCUCGUUUUGCUUCAUUUCCUGAGUACUUAGUUGUGCAGAUAAAGAAAUUCACCUUUGGACUUGAUUGGAUACCCAAAAAGCUUGAUGUUUCUGUAGACAUGCCAGACUUCCUGGAUAUCAACCACCUUCGGGCCACGGGUCUCCAGCCAGGAGAAGAGGAACUUCCAGACAUUGCUCCUCCCAUUAUCAUUCCUGAUGAUCCGAAAGAUCGUACGAUGAACCAUUUCAUGGAGUCUCUAGAUAUUGAUGAGUCUUCAGUUAUGCAACUGGCAGAGAUGGGUUUUCCUUUGGAAGCAUGUCGGAAAGCCGUGUACUAUACAGGCAACCUGGGUGCUGAAGUGGCUUUCAACUGGAUCAUUGCACAUAUGGAAGAACCAGACUUCGCUGAGCCGCUGGUUGUACCUGCGUUUGGAGGAGCCACUUCCAGUGGAGCGGCUGGGUUAGGGGCUGUUGGGCUGGAUAACCAACCUCCUGAAGAGAUGGUUGCCAUUAUCAUUUCCAUGGGCUUCCAAAGAAACCUAGCAAUUCAAGCGCUGAAGGCAACAAACAAUAAUUUGGAGCGUGCACUGGAAUGGAUCUUCAGCCGCCCUGAACUUGAAGAAGAGAGUGAGCCUGCUUUGGAUGUUAUGGAUAUGGAGAACCAUGCUAACGCGAAUAUCCUUACAGAGACAGGAUCAGAGGGACCCAGGAUCAAAGAUGGGCCUGGAAGAUACGAGCUGUUUGGGUUCAUCAGCCACAUGGGAACAUCCACAAUGAGUGGCCACUAUGUUUGUCAUCUCAAGAAAGAAGGAAGAUGGGUGAUCUACAAUGACCUUAGAGUCUGUGCCUCAGAACGACCUCCAAAAGACCAGGGCUACAUUUAUUUUUACCACAGGAUACCAAGUUAGGCCUCAAAUCUAUUACCUGGCCUUAAGAAGCCAUAAGCCUUUUUAACCUGCCAAAAAAAGCAUCCAAGAAAAAAAAAAAAUCAAAGCCAACAAAAGACCCCUAACCCUUGGACUACCAAAAAGCAAAGGAAAACAUGGGAUAUUUAUAGUUUAUUUAAAAACAGUUAUUUGAUGCCUUCUUAAGCAUUAGAGGGAAAAAUUUCUAUCAGGUGAUGUAUAGUACCUUGUUUUAAAUUUAUACACCUUAAUGGAUACCUUAAGACCAUGCAGAUUACUGGUGGAGUUUGCAUCUAGUAAAUGGAGAAAACAGGAUUUUCAGAAUUGGACAAAACCAGACCAGUUCAGCCCAACUCCUGCGUGUUCAGUCCGUGCAUCCAUUGAAGACCAUGAAGAAAUAUUUGCAUCUGUGGUAUCUGGGAGUCACUGUUUUCAGCCAGAGUCCAGACCACUUAAGGAAAUAAUACCACAUGUAAAGUUGGAGGGAGGGUGUGUGUGAGUGUUCUUCAGAGCAAAAUGUCUUAUUUGAGAUUAUUGUCAUUACAGUGAGAAAAGCCAGCUACCAGUCUUGUAGUGUUUCGUUUUGCAUUUUUGAUGCAUAAAACUAAGAAACUAAUGGAGAUGUCAGUGCCCUGUACAUUUUCUGCCAAAGAGAAAUAGUGGAUUUUAUUUUCACUGAGGUAGGUUUCUUCAUCCUCUCUUGAAUGUUUGUUCUGAAAGUUCUUCAAACAGAUUCAGGAUUCCAAGUGGCUAAAAGAAGCAUUUCUUUUCUGACUAUAAAAUUAAAUAGUGUGCUCUCAGGAAAAGCCUUUUAUUUUAUUUUUCUUAUGAAGGAGGUAAAGAAGGAGUUAUUGUCCCAUUAUAUUUAUUUCAGGAAAUUUGCAUCUAGCUCACUCACAUUCCAGCUGAAAUCAACUCCCUGACAAAGUACUUGCAGUGCCAUUCUUCUUUCUGCCAAAGGCUGCUUCAGUAUUUAAUUCCAUCUAUGAACGGGGAAAAUUGCUUAGUAAAAUUGCUGUUACAUUUAUUUAAUGAUACUCCCCCCCCCACCUCAAGGCAAUACUUUCUCAUGAUGUCUCAGAUUUCUUGUAGCUUGCAAUCACGCCAAUAAUCUGCUCUUUUACAGACACCUUCGCAAAAGGGGUUUUAUAUCUCUGGCAGGGAUGAAGGGUGGGUAGGUAGGGGCUGGUCUUUCCUGCUCCUUUUUUGGUUUUGUUUUAUUUUUUUGUGUUAUUUCAGUUUGCAGCACAGGCAAGAAUAUAUAUAUGGGUUUUUAAAUUGUCCUUGAAAACAUUAAUUCUAGAAAAAAAUACAAUGGUGAAUGUGAUACUUUUCGUGAUUCCCAAAACUACUAAUAGUUCAAAAAGUGUUUAGCCACUGCUUAGAGAUGGUUGAAGGAGUUGCCUCAUGUAAUCUUACUGAACCUUCAAAGUAAAUUGGAAAGGUCAAAACAAACAAAAAACCUUGUAGAAUAUGAGAGAGGCAGGGAGCUUUAAUUGCAUUUUCUCUGCAGUACCUGCAAGUAUAAUAGAAAAAUUCAAGCACCUACAAAAGAGAACCCAAAUUAAAAAUCUGGUUAUGAGUAGGGCAUUUUAUUUUUUCCAGCAUUUUUUUUGGGAAAAAAAAAUCAUGCAGAGC